AUGAACCGCUACGGGAUUCACGGUUCGGCGGACGACACUCCGGAAAAACUUAGCGCCUAUCCGGACGCGAACAGCCACAGCAACUACAAUCUCCUCACCGAGGACACCCAGAGUUUCGACUCGUGGACGAGAAAUCACAGGGGAUCGUACUCGGCCGCGAACCGCGAGGACGAGGGAAACUAUUUCCAGGACUCGAACAGCCACGGUAGGUACGACGUCCCCUCGGACGCCUCGGCGGACAGAAAUUUCACGGACAUUCGCUUCGUCGCGGACGGAUCGUCGAGGUCAGCGGCCAACAGCCACGGUACCUACAGGAUCCUCUCGGAGAGCAGCGACAGGACGGCGACCGGCGAUAACGAGGAUCUCUCGAGGGAGAUUUUGAUACCGCCCGAAGAGUCGAACUACGAGAUAGCGAACAGUCACAGUAAUUAUAAAAUAUUUUACAACAGUCAGACGCACUUCGAACGUCGCGAUCGUCCGAUCCCUCGGGACGACGACGGGAGGGUCCCGAAUACGGGAAAUUUCAACGCGAACUCCAGUCCGACCCGCAGCGACUCCAGCAGGAGUUCCAGAUCGACCGAGGAGACCAGUACCACCUGCGACAUCGAGGAAUGCCUCGUGCAAAUCGAGGAGAGCCUGCUGAACAUCGAGCAAAAUCUGCUCCACGUACAGGACCUCGAUAUACCGGAGCUCAAAAAUCUUUUGUACAAAAGUCCGAGCAUCGACAGGAGUCUGUUCGAAGUUCAGGACCUUCUUUGCACGGAAAAUUUGGAGUCCGUUAAAAGGGGACAACUUUUCGCGUUCAAUUUCGAGAAUCCCGACAAUAUCGGGGAUCUGUCGUUGAGAGAAUUGUCACCGGAUUCCGACGAUCACGACACGUUUACCAACGACGAUAAUUUGCUCCUGCAAUUCAACGACGAAAAAAUUAACGCUGUAUCGGAUCAGCUUCAGAUGGCGAAACGAUCGGAAGAUGUGAACGUUAAUUUUGUACCGAACAGUUUGGGAAGGACACCGACCAGGAGGGACUUCGGUGGCGCCGGUGAAAAUAUAAAAUCCUACUCGUUGGACAACGGUGACUUCUCCGAUGACGGUUUUUCGAAGAUGACAAAUUUUUUCCGAGAUAAUACCGCGGACGUCAUAAACGAUAAUCUAAACUCUCGAAUCGAAGAGAAGAAGACGUUGGACGGGAAGAAGUGUAACAGCAGGACGAAUUCGUUGGACGAGAAUUCGAUGUCGGUUUUUCAGGACCCCGAAUUGCCGGGGAUAAUCGUGCAGAGGAAAAGCUCGUUGGAGAGCCUGCGGCUGAGCGAGAAGAGCAGGGAGAAUUAUUUGGAGGCGAAUAGCAAGGCGAAGUCCGACGAUACCUUGGACAAUAAAUUGUCUUACAACGAGAAGCGGAAAUUUUCGAGGCGUUCGAAGAGAAGAUCCAAGGAAAAUCGGCUCGCCGAAGUCGAAGCAAAGACGGAAGAGUUUCGUCGAAAAAUCGAGAGCAUUAUUUCCAGCCGGAAGUCGAUAAUACCGAAUCUCGAAACAGGCCAGAAAACAUCCAGGUCGCAGGGAGCCAACGACAAUUCGUCGGGCAGGAAAAGUUCGCGGGAAAAUUCGCCGAGGAUCAGGAAUAGCUCGCUUCAGAACGAGAGGACCGCGGCGAGUGGUAAAAAAUUGGAAUCGCCGAACGCGAGACAGUCGAAGUCGAACAGCUUCGAGAAAGGGAAGAGGAAAAAAACUAGUCGCAUUCACAGCGCGGAAAACGCUGCUUUGGUGCCGAGUAAACUGAUCUCGUUAUCUCUCUCUUUACUUUUGGCAGCGCUUCUUCAGGCUGUCAGGUGUCUCACCGACCUGGUCGAGGACGCUUUUCGAUCCGUCAGUUUUGACCGAAACGGACUACUCGAAUGA